UCCUGGCAUAAAGUGUUCUCCCUGAAAAAAUAUAAUACAAAUAAGAACUAUUCGUUGGUGUUACUUAGAGAAGGAUAAUAAUGAUUAUUUUUAAAUCCCUUAAAGAGUCAUAAGAAGUAUCAAAAUAGUGUGUGUUUGAGUGUGUGUGAGUGCGUGCUAUGGGAUACCCCAUGCUCCCCUAAGUGAUGCUUGAAACCUACCUUGGUGUUUUAUUUGAUCCUUAUUCUACCUUUGAUAACUUGUGUGUGAGUGUGUGGUGUACAAAAGUAAAAGUGGUUCAUUUAGUUAUUUUUAUUUUUGUUUUUGUAAUCCAUUCUUACUGUUGAGUGGUUUUUACUUAUAUUUCGUAUAUAAUUACCGAAAAUUAAUGCUCGUCACCAUAAAGUUUGUGAAUAAUUUGUGUGCUUUGAAUUAAUGAGAGCUUAGUCGCUAUGCAACAUAAGUUAAAAGAAUAUUAAUGAUCAUCAACAAAAAUUUAAAAAAGUUUUCUGAAAAAGGAUAUCCAUCAAAAUUAUCAUCAUCAGAAAAAGGAUUAAACCUAUUUACACCAUGUUAUAGUGUGGCUGGCCAUGAGAGGAUAAAGAACAACUGAAGUUCUAAUAUCAUCGAAGAUUUUAUCAAAAGAUGACUACAAUACAUCUCAAGUCUAAAAUGAUUUGACUAUUUUCGACCACAAUAUUUAACAGAAAAACUCAAAGAUGUCGCUGACAGUGAAAAUUGUGCAGUUCCAUCUGCCAAAAACAAAAUCAAAUCUUAUCGGAAGAGUUGAGUUUCGAGGAGUUGCCCAUAUUACUUCUGAGUUAAGUGGGAAUUCACCAAGUAUUGACGUAAAUCAGUCAUUUAUAUGGCCGCUUGCUCGACCAGCCACCGCCGAAGAAACCCUCACUGUCGAACUUCGGACACAAACCACAAAAAUACUCCUAAAAACAGCACUCGGCUCAACAAGUUCAAGUCGACAAGGGAGCAGUGGAACAAUAAGCAGUAGCAGCAAAUGUAUCGGCCAAUAUGUGAUUUUGAUGCAAGGACUCAUUGAGACUGGAUUCAUAAGUGUUGAAGACCAGCUGGUGGAUUUCAGUACAAACAGACCAAUUGAGGCAAUUGUUGUAUUCGAAGCGAAAUACCUAUCGCCAGAUGAUGCUGCUGGGAAUUUCGAACCAACCAACCUGGUUCGACCGAUUCAGGAGCAGCACAACAUUAGCUGCAGCACCAAAAGUCUCGAGGAUGAUCAACAGAUGCUUCUCGACAUUGAACAGAACAUAGCGAAUUUGGAGCGUAGUCUCCAUCGAGAACACAGUGAUUCGUUUAUCAGUCGGAAGCGUCACUUGUUGCGCCGCGUAAUGUCCUCCGGCCAAGGCGUUGGCGGUUCGCAUUCGGCGGGCUCCAGUAGUCACCACAAAUCCGAAUUGAAAUUCGACAAGUUCGGAAAAUCACCAACCGUAACUCGAGGUCGAGCUGCAGCUUCGGGAACAGCAGCCAGUGCACCUGGAACACCAAUGGCCAAGGAAAAGAAGAUGUCUCUGCGUACGGUGAGGAAUGUUUUACGCUUGGGAAAACAUCGACCGCCGCCACAAUCAAGGGAUAGCAGUACCGAGGAUGAGGGCAGAUCACCACUCAUAAUGGACACUGACCAAACCGCCUUAACUUUGUCAGCAACAGAAGGCGAAGAUGAUCAACAACAACAACAACAAAAUGCUGGCGGUACUGAAAGUGGCCUUUCAAAUGCAUCCAGUGAAGUUGAAGAUCUUGCAAAUUUUGAUCAAGGAAAAAUGAUAAAAGCAAUGACCCGCACAGCAGAUCAUCUUAAAUCUCAAGAUUUUCAAGUUUGCAUAACAAUAAUCGAAGCACGUCAACUACCUGGCCUUAAUAUGGAUCCUGUUGUGUGCAUCCAAGUGGGUGACCAAAAAAAGUACACAAGUGUUAAGGAGAGCACUAAUUGUCCUUAUUUCAAUGAGUAUUUUGUUUUUGACUUCCACAUGCCACCGGUAAUGUUAUUUGAUAAGAUAAUAACUCUUUCGGUUAUCCAUUCGAGGAAAUUCUUGCGUUCCGGAACAGUUGUUGGUAACUUCCGGAUUGAUCUCAAGACCGUCUAUGAUGCAAAUGACCAUCAAUUCUACCAUAAAUGGGCUUUACUUUCUGAUCCGGAUGAUUUCUAUAGUGGACCAAAAGGCUAUUUAAAAUGUGAUAUUGGAAUAAUAGGAAAAGGUGAUACAGUUAAGGUGCCUCAGAAAUCCGAAAAGGAUCCCGAUGAUAUUGAAGCAAAUCUCCUUCUACCUGAUGGAGUACCUAUCGAAAGACAACGAGCUAAAUUUAUAGUAAAAAUUUAUCGUGCUGACGGACUGCCAAGAAUGAAUUCUUCAAUUAUGGCAAAUGUCAAAAAAGCUCUUACAGGAGAAUCUAAGGACUUGGUUAGCCCUUAUGUUCAGGUUUCAUUUGCUGGAUUGAUGGGUAAGACAACUGUCAAAAAGAACGCCUAUGCUCCCGUUUGGAAUGAACAACUUGUUUUCACAGAGAUGUUUCCACCCUUGUGCCAGCGAAUUAAGAUCCAACUUCGUGAUGCAGACCCCAUGAAGCCUUCAAUCAUUGGAACCCACUACAUUGAUCUGAAGCAGAUUUCGAACGAUGGAGAAAAAGGCUUUCUUCCGACUUUCGGCCCUUCAUUCAUACAUCUCUAUGGAUCAACUAGGGACUAUAGUCUUCUAGAUCAGCAUUCAAAUCUUAAUACCGGUCUCGGGGAAGGUGUAAGCUAUCGGGCUCGACUUUUAAUUGCCAUUCGAACUGAAAUAACCGAUAAUGUCGAACCAACUACAGAGAAAAAUGUCGAACUCGAGCCAAGUUAUCCCAUUUCAGAAUCAUCUUACUCAAAGUGUGAAGAAUUCUUUUUAUUCGGCACAAUUCUUGAGGCUUCGAUGAUCGAUAAGAAGGUUAGUGAUCGAACGGUUUUCUUUGAGCUGAGCAUGGGAAAUGCUGGAAAUUCAUUGGAUGGACACAAUGAAAGUUUCACCACAGCCGAUGAUGAUGAAGGGGCCUUGGAGACAGUCGAUAGUACGUCCUAUAGUAGUACGACAAAUGCUUGUAAGCCAACAAGUCACAAUAAAACUCAUUAUUAUUUGCCUUAUUGGGAUUACAAACCUUGCAUGGAUGUGAGGUGUGCUCUGCCGGAUUUGAGAAGACGCAUGUAUAACAGUAAUAUGUUAUCAAAAAUGGCUGAUAAAAUGGAAGAUGGUCUCAAUGAAACCAAUAAAAUGAUUGAAGAUGAAGAUCCGAAGUCGGAUGUUCGACUACGGGGGACUCUGGAAGAAUUGGCAGCAUCGUGUGUGAAGUACCUGGCAAUAACAAAAUCCAAUCUGGCUGGUCCCGGAAGUGGAAACACCAAACUCGACAAAGAAAGAAUGAAACUCUGUCAACGUGAAAUUGAAUCCCUUGGAAAUAUGGCACGUAAUUUGCGUGCAUUAGUGACUCGUAGCUCCCUUUUGGAACGUUACAAGACCGCAAAAACUUAUUUACAGAAAUUAAAGUUUUUGAUUGAUGAUCCACAACAUUCCCUCCCGGAUAUAUUUGUGUGGAUGAUUGCGAAUGGAAAACGUAUAGCCUAUCAUAGAGUAUCCGCCAGAGAUUUAAUCUACUCAGAGACAGAGGAAGAAUGCGGUGUGCAUUGUGGGAAAGUUCAAACGUUGUUCCUGAGGCUUCCGUGGAAACAGGCUGCUGGAUCUGCUAGUUGGUAUCUUCAGGCAAAGUUAUCGAUUUUUCUUUGGUUAGGAGUGGUUAACCAUAAGGAGCAUUUCUUUGAAGGCCUACCACAUGGCUAUGAUCUUUCACAUGAAUUGAGAAAUGCUGACCGACCAAGAGCAAUGGCUCCAAAUCAUAUUCACUAUCUUGAGAAGCAUACUUUUCAACUCAGAGCUCAUAUCUAUCAAGCCAGGUCUCUAAUUGGUUCAGAUGCGUCGGGCUUAAGUGACCCAUAUGCAAUAGUGUAUGUAACGGAAUUUACAAAAACCACACAAGUCAUCGAAGAAACUCUAAGCCCCACUUGGGAUGAGCUUUUGGUGUUCGAAGAAGUCCUGGUUUAUGGGGCUCAAGAUGAGAUCAAAAGGGAUCCCCCCACGAUUAUCAUUGAGAUCUAUGACCAGGACAAGGUGGGAAAGUCGGAAUUUAUUGGGCGGGCCAUAGCUAAGCCCCGUGUCAAGCUGAAAGACACUGUCUACACCACACCAACCCUUGAAUGGUUCGACAUAGUACGAGGACCCGAUGAGGCUGGUGAACUAUUGGCCGCCUUUGAAAUGCUUGAAAUCGGCUCAAGUGAUAUGCCUCGAAUGACAGAACCCAAAAUCAGUCAAAUAGAACCAAAGCGUGAUAGGAAUUCAGCUCCCUCACCGGGUACAAUAUUCCCAGUGCCUAAAGAAGUCCGGCCACAUUUGGCAAAAUUCAAGCUUGAGGUACUUUUUUGGGGAUUGCGUGAUCUGAAGAGAAUCCAUUUCAUGUCAGUGGAUAAACCUCGCAUAGAUGUCGAGUGUUCGGGCAAGAUCUUAAGUUCGAACAUAAUUCAGAAUGCUAAGAAGAAUCCCAAUUUCCCAAGUAUGUUGAAAUCCAUUGAGCUGGAAUUGCCCCUGGAAGAAACCUAUGCCCCACCAAUUACCAUUCGUUGUGUAGAUUGUCGAUCUUUUGGUCGAUAUACCCUCGUUGGAACCCACCAAAUUACAUCAAUUCACCGUUAUAUGUAUAAGCCACCACCCAAGGAGGAUUUCACUAAAUACAAGACAAUCGGGGGGCAUAUAAUUUUGCCAUCACCCAAUCAGGAGAGGAACGAUAAUGAAAUGCCAAGAAUUACAGCAAAUGGGCCGAAGGAUUUGUAUAUGUCUAACAAAUCUUCAUGUGAAAAUUUGACGCUCUAUGGAGCUGCGUGUGUUACUAAAAUAGGCAAAAAGCAACAUCCAAAACGUAAAUCGACGUCCAUAGAUCCGAUUCAAGAAUACGAUACCGAUGAUGAAAACAACAAGGACUGGUGGACAAAAUAUUUUUGGUCUUAUGAAAAACUUAUCGAUGCAAAUAAAGAACUAACUAAGCCAACUCUUUUACAAGUUCGAGAAGAAAAACAACAAAAGCUUAAUGUUAAAAGUUCCAAAAUUGUACACAAAUUGAGCCCGAAACGUGGCGGAAAAGAUCUCAAAGGAACACCAGUAUCUCCAAAUAAUGAAACUGCAGUUUGUAAACCGCCAUCAACUAGCAUACACUCGACUACUGAUAGCAAUUUUGCGAUUUUCCCAAACGAAUUGGAGGCUCAACCGGAAUUCAAUCACUUCCGAGAAUGGCUUCAUGCAUUUGCACUUUUACGAGGCAAAAAAACCGGUGAUUCAAUGGAAGAUGAAAAUCGAACGGUUGGUUUCUUCAAAGGAGCCAUUAAAGUCUAUAAGCUUCCACUGCCGAAAGGAAUGGAACUACCAACAAUUUCUUCCCUUCCCGCCAAUGAUCCAAUUCAUGUUUUGGUGAGAGUCUAUAUUAUCAAAGCAACUGAUUUACAUCCGAUGGAUUUGAAUGGCAAAGCUGAUCCUUAUGUUGUCCUUCAUUUGGGUGGAAAGAGAAUUUCCGAUAAAGAGAAUUAUGUUAGCAAACAAUUGAAUCCAAUUUUCGGGAAAUGUUUCGAGGUGGAGGCUACAUUCCCCCAAGACUCAAUGUUAACUGUGCAAAUAUUCGAUUGGGAUUUGGUUGGUUCGGACGAUUUAAUCGGGGAAACACGAAUCGAUCUGGAGAACCGCUUCUACAGCAAACAUCGAGCAACUUGUGGCCUUUCGAUGAAAUAUGAAGACACUGGCUACAACCGAUGGAGGGAUCCCAUGAAACCAACACAGAUCCUUUCUAAGCUCUGCAAGGAGAACAAAUUAGAUAUCCCACAUUAUUUCCAAGAUCGGGUUGCAAUUGGCAAGUAUUGCAUGACAUUCUCCGAAGAAGAAGUGAUUGCCUGGAACGGGCCUACAACUUGCAAGAAUCGUGACGAACAUCUAGCUCUAGGUGUGCUUCAUCGAUGGAGUGAAAUUCCAAAAAUUGGAUGCAAGAUCGUUCCGGAACAUAUCGAAUCUCGGCCUCUCUACAAUGUGGACAAGCCAGGCAUAGAACAGGGCAAGCUAGAAAUGUGGGUUGAUAUGUUCCCCAUGGAUAUGCCACUUCCAGGGCCAUCAGUGGACAUUUCACCAAGGAAACCAAAAGCAUACGAACUUAGAAUUGUCAUAUGGAAUACCGAUGAUGUGGUGCUCGAAGAUGAUGCAUUCUUUACCGGUGAAAAGAUGUCUGAUAUUUAUGUUAAAGGAUGGCUUAAGGGACCGCAGGAUAUUCAAUCCACAGACAUCCACUACCGUUCCCUCACAGGUGAGGGUAACUUUAACUGGCGCUUCAUCUAUCCCUUUGAGUAUUUGGCAGCUGAAGAAAGAAUCGUCUUAUCACGACGGGAAUCAUUGUUCAGCUGGGACGAAACAGAGGUUAAGAUUCCUGCCCGACUCGAAUUGCAAGUCUGGGAUGCUGAUCAUUUCUCAGCUGAUGAUUUUCUUGGAGCAAUUUCCUUUAACCUAACACGUUUCCCUCGAGGAGCUAAAUCAUCAAAACUGUGCACUCUAGACAUGCUUAAGACGGACGUUCCAACAAUCAAUAUAUUCAAACAGAAGCGGGUUCGAGGCUGGUGGCCUUUCUUCAUAAAGAAACAAAAUGACGAAAUGGAAUUGACUGGCAAAGUCGAAGCUGAGUUCCACCUGCUAAGCAAAGAAGAAGCCGAACAGAAUCCAGCAGGAUUUGGACGCAAUGAACCAGACCCUCUGGAGAAGCCAAACCGCCCAGAUGCAUCGUUUAUGUGGUUCUUGAAUCCACUAAAAUCGAUUCGUUAUAUUGUAUGGCACAACUACAAAUGGGCCAUUCUCAAGACCCUCAUAAUAGCUGGUCUUGCGUUAAUGUUACUUUUAUUCUUUUACUCCGUACCUGGAUAUACGGUCAAGCGAAUGCUAGGCGCGUAAAAGAAAACUACAUAAUCUUUUUUAAAUAAUUGUUAUGUAUCACUCUAUACAAUCAAAAAAUGUUGUUGUUAUUAUUAAAUAUAUAAAACAAAAAAAAACAAAAAAAAUAGUAAUAUUUCAUAUACAAAAAUAAUUUAUUUAUACUCUACCUCUUCAAUUUUAACUAAAAUUUAAUAAAAAUUAUGUACAAACUGUAGAAAAAUUUAAAAAAAUCUUUCCAUAAGCCAUACAAAAACAAAUAAAACCAUGGAAGAAAUAAAUUAAUCUAUUUUUCGACUUUUGACUAAAACUAUCAAUAAAUAAUAAAAUACAUAAAUGUGUCUGUGAAUUGUUAAAUAUUUAAAACAAAUAUUUAUUUUUCCUUUUAAAUUACCUACAAAUAUCAUUAUAAACAAAAUUAUAUCAAUCUGACUUUAAGUGGUAAUUUAUUUAUUUUUAAUUAUAUUUUUGUCUAUUUUAGAUGUGAAAAUGUGUUAUACUGUAGCUACUUUAAUAAAUCAAAAACAAAUGUGAAACCUAUUUAAAUAUGUAUUUACAUAAAAAAAAAUGAAACACAAAUUAAAAGCAUAACAAAACAUUUCAAUAUUAUACAUAUACACUGCAUUGAAAUAUUAUAUCGUAUUUUCGUGUCUUUAAAAAAAUAAUAAUUUAAUUGCUCAAAUAAAUAAUAAAUAAAUUAUUUUAUUCAAAUAAAAGUACCUAAUUAAAAUAAA